AUGACCGCUCACAAGAGCCAACAUGUUUGCUCCACUCCAGCACAGAUCGGAGACUUGGUUGUGUUUCAUUACAGAAUUUCUGCACUCACUCAUGACCGUUCAAAAUUAGAAACGAUUGAGGACUCAUUCGAGAUAGACAAACCUCUGUCGGUUGUACUCGGAAAACAACAAACGCAAUUUAAAGAAAUUGAAGAGAAAAUCAAACUCUUGGCAGUGGGAGAUUCAACAGAAUUUGAGACUGAAAAGGAUGGUAUUAAAUAUUCAAUACAACUUCAAUUGUUAAAAAUUAUUAAAAGGAACAAUAAUGUAAACACUGACUGGGAUAUGAAUGAAACGGAAUUGCACAACCUGGCUCUUUCUAAGAAGGAAGAAGGAAACAUCUUCUUUUCUCAAGGAAAGAAUAUUUCAGCAUCGAGGUGUUAUAGAAAAGGAAUUAAACAAUUACGAAAAAUUGAUAAAAGCAAAUGGGAUGAUGAGAACAGAAAGAUAAGAGAUCUUCUUAUUACAUUAUUUAACAAUCUGUUAACAUGUGAAAUGAAACUGAAAAGAUAUGGUAAUGUUGUGAAAUUUAGUACAGAAUGCAUUGAAAACAUUGGAGCCAAUGUAAAAAGUUAUUUCAAGAGAGCUGAGGCUUAUAUGAACGAUGGAAACUUUUCUUUGGCAAUUCAAGAUUUUAAGCAAGCACAACACCUCUUGUCCACCAUUAACCCAAACGAUGAUAUUACAAUCAUCAGCAAAAUAAUUACUGGCUCUCCAAAGACAAACAUUAAUGACUCAGCUGACAUGAGUAAGAAAAUGUUAAAUCUUAUUGAAUCGGAGAUGAACAAAUGCCGAAGAAUGGAAACAGAAUACAACCAAAACAUGAAAAAUAUGUUCAAAAACAUUUUUCAAUAA